GAAGCAUCAUAUUAGUUAAUGGCAGAAUUAAGAGGCAAAGUAAAAAAUAGAGCGGAACGAUUUUACGAAGCAGUUGGACGUCCAAUAAACUGAUAAGUUCCAGUGAACGAAACAACUCUAUCUGUUGUUUAACUCAUCAUUUUGUCCAUAAAAAUAUUGUGUGUAUAGUGCCUAUACUUAGUUAUAGAGAAAUUGGUGAUAACUAGGAUAGUAGCGGAUAUACUAAAGCACCUGGAGAAGCGGUCAAAUUGUACUGAAGAAUUGGGUGUUGAGGAGGUCGGAUUUGUGGCAGAUGUACUGAAGAAUUGGGUGGUGAGGAGGUCGGAUUUGUGGCAGAUGUACUAAAAGACUGGGUGUUGAGGAGGUCGGAUUUGUGGUUAAUAGAAUAUCGAUAAUUCAUACAACAAUCUCUAAAUACACAUAAACAUGAGAAAUAAGGUGACUUCGAUCCAGGAAACUUCCGACAGUUUGAACUUCUCUCCAAUGUGUUGUAUCCUCAAACCAAUCCAUUUCUCAAUGCAGAUCUUUGGUGUAUUCUUUUAAGAUACCCAUAAGGAAAAUAGAGAAGAAACAUCCUCAAACCUUGAGAAAUGUCAGUCAUCUUUUUGGAAAUGGUUCUGUGUUUGUUCCACGGUGAUUUCGUGUCUGAACAUCCUGCGGUACAUCCCGUCUUUCUGGGUAGGACUAGACUACGUACCGGAUAUAACGGUUUGGAGGAUAAUCAAUUUAAGUUGGUUGUUACAAUGCUUUAUUAACCGGGUUUUCAUGCUCAGAGCUUGUUGGUCACGUGACCACUUAAAGAAUUUUUUCCGGAAUUUUAAUGCAAUACUAGCUGACAUGACAACUUCCAGUAAUUCCAUUGAUGACAAAUGUUAUGAAAUGAAGAAACUUGUCAGAGUCCGUACAACUGUAGCAUGGAUUGGCGCUUUCGUCAGUUCCACUGGAAUUACAUUACAGUCCUUAACUGAUUUCAACAAAGAUUUUGCUGCGGGAAUCACCAACCCAUUUCCACAGCAUAAUAAGGCGCCAUUAGUUGUAUUUCUCACACUUCAUAUUUGGGAAACCGGGGCGUGGUUAUUUCCGAUGAUAUUCCAAGUUACUCUAUUCACGUUCCUCAGCAACCACUUUUCAUCAUUAAAUAAGGAUAUAAUCCAGCUGAUAGAAGAUAAUGGCGAGAUGAUUUCACAGAAGGUAAAGGAUAUCCGACGGAAGCACCUCCAGUUGUGUAAAGCCGUGUCGAUCUUAGAGCAAGACACACAAUAUUUGAUGGCGGGCAACUAUGUCACCAAUAUUUUCCUGAUUUGUUUUAUCGUGUAUGAAAUGGUGACAAGGGGAACGUUACCAACAUUUGUAUAUAUAACCUUUUCCGCUUGGCUGAUGAUGAACAUACUGACAACGCUGACGGUAUCCGUAACAGCAGCCCAGGUCAAUGAACAGGUAUGUAAUAUCUGUCUCCAGGCUGAUGAUGAACAUACUGACAACGCUGACGGUAUCCGUCACAGCAGCCCAGGUCAAUGAACAGGUAUGUAAUGUAAGUCUCCAGGCUGAUGAUGAACAUACUGACAACGCUGACGGUAUCUGUAACAGUAGCCCAG